AUUUCCUUAUGUUUACUUUUUGGUAAUUUAAUAAUUAGGUACUAAAUAAUAUUGUGAUUUGUGAAUCGUAAUUGUUUAUCGUACCUACUAGCAAGCCGCUAGUACAUAAUUCGGAAGUAGCCUAGUAGGUAUUAGGUAAUAAGUAUUCAACUAUGAACAGAAUGUGAUUCUAAUUGUAAAAUAACAUCAUCUUUUUUGUCUCAAGAAACAAUAGUAAGAAGUAUGGCUGCAGCACCAGCGGACUGGCAAUUAGAAUGUACCAAGCUAAAACAGAGAGGUGCUUACUUACUACAGACAGGCCAAUGGUCUGAUUGUACAUUCCUGGUAGGAACUGAACCUAACCAGGUUGUAAUAUCGGGCCACAAGUUGAUCCUGGCUAUGGCCUCGCCUGUUUUUGAAGCUAUGUUCUACGGUGGUAUGGCUGAAAGAAAUGAUCCAAUACUUAUAUUAGAUGUUCAGAUAGAUGCUUUCAAGGCUCUUUUAGAAUACAUUUACACUGGCAAUAUAAACCUCACCUCUUUUGACAAAGCUUGUGAACUUUGCUAUGGUGCCAAGAAGUACAUGUUGCCCCAUUUGGUGAAAGAAUGCACUCGUUACUUGUGGUCCGAUCUAUAUCCUCGCAAUGCUUGCCGGGCUUAUGAAUUUGCUCGGUUGUUUGAUGAGAAUGUACUCAUGGAGAAAUGUUUACAGAUUAUCAGCACAAACACAAAAGAUGUGCUGUGUGACAAUAGUUUUGAGGAUGUUGAACUGAAUACAGUUAUAACUGUGUUCUCGCUGGAUCACCUCAAUGUUGACAGUGAAUUAGAUCUCUUUAAUGCUGCUGUUAGGUAUGCCAAGGCUUUAGAGAAAAGGGUAUCAGAGAGAAGUGUCAGUCCAUGCAAUGACUCACCAUCAGAAACGACAUCAAAGAGUCCGGAGCCGUCAACUUCAAAAGAAAAUUCCCAAGUGGUGAAUGUAGAGAGCAGCGGCGAGAACAGCCCCGAGGCCGCGGUUUCCCUGGAGCCUGUGGCUGUUCAACCGGCGCCCACUACGGCACCUAAAACCUCGACUGACGCAGGCCCGGCCCCCGCGGAACCGGUUCCCGAACCCGCCGCAACCGCAGGCGGCUGUGGCUCCUGUGACGCCGUCGAGACUCACCCACCAGACCCGUCGGACACCAAGAAACCCAACAAGUCAAUGAGCAAGCCGUCACUCCGCAACGUCAUUGAGAAGAUCAGGUUCCUGACGCUGACAGCACAACAGUUCGCUGAGGGUCCAGCCCGCUCGUCACUGCUCACUGAGUCUGAGGCAUUUGCGGUCCUCAUGAACAUACUCUCCAAUAACUCGGAUGUGCCGAUGCCAACUGGAUUUUCCAUCAGUCGGACGCCACGGAGGCAGCUCAUCGGAUGUGGAGGACCUUCGUGUAAUAAUAUGACAACCUUCGUAGUGGAUACUCCUAGCCCAGUGCUGGUGGAGCACGUGUGGAGUGAAGGGGGCAGGGUUGCCCCGCUACCCUUCCACCCGCCCUACUACCCGUACCCCGCCAGAGUCGAAGGUACUCGGCAGCCCGGCAUAAUAGUGGAUCAGGUGGAUCGUCACAACACUGAUCUUCACAAGAUCUACUGCCAGCGGGGUGUGGUGCUGCAGACAGACUGUCUCAAUACUAACGUACUGGACUGCUCGGUCACCUUCAUGGUCGACAAGAAUAUCUGCCUGCUUGGUAUUCAGGUGCCAACUCAAGCGCCGAGUGAAGAGUCAGGGGGUGCAGGGGGAACGGGUGGCGCGGCGGGUAGUGCGCUAGGCCCGGGCUACUCCGAGCUGCUGUACGCGCACCUGUUGGACGCGGACGGAGCGCGUCUGACGUACACACACUACACCAGCCGCGUGCCCUACCGCCACCUGCUGGACAUUAUGUUCAACAGACCCGUCUACAUCCAGCGCAAUAAGGUAUACAAAGUGGGCAUCGUGUUCAACAAGGUGGGCUGGUACCCGAUGGGCACGUGCGCGCAGCAGGUCGCGGCCGAGUCGGUCUUCUUUAACUUCGGCAUCGGUCAGAGCAGCGACAGCAUCAGAGAUGGCCUUAUUCGAUCAAUUAUAUUUACCUACUAGGCUUGUAUCAAUGAUUUAAUCAUGAAUUUAUUAAUAGCAACCAAAACUGAGCCGCAUUUGAUUUAUUAUGUUCACUUAGGCGCUAUCUCCACGAGCGGGAGAAUCGCGACGAGUCCGAGCCUUUAUCGUCGGGUAAUCUCCACGAACGAGCGAUUAUUCUACCAGCGUAUCGUCACGAUAUCGUGGCAGAAUCACAGCGUGUCCGCGACGGCUCGUAACGGAAUCGCAUAUCCCUGAUGAUACGUUGUGCUCGCUGCGAGAGCGCCACGUAAUGCGGCGAGUGCGCUACCAGUAGCGUGGAUACCGCGGCGAUAUGACGACGUUCGCCGCGAUUACGUCGCCGUAUUGAGACGCGUUCAUAGAGAGUAUAUAGAAAUACGUGGCACGACGAUAAUAUUGCCACGAUUCCCUCGCUCGUGGAGAUGACGCCUUAAUAGUUGCCUUAUUAAAUGAAUAAAGCAUAGUUAUAGCCACCAAAACGGAGGGAUGGCCGCUUUUAAUUUAUUAAGUUCACUUAAUGGUGUGUUGUCUUAUUUAUUGAUUAAAAUAAGACUUAUAGGGCUUAUUUGGUCUAUUUUGUUCAGUAAAAAGUGUGAUACAACAUUUAUUGAUUAAAUUAUAGGUGGCUAUAAUUUAAUCAAUAAAUUAUUACACAAUUAUUACCUAAGACGGUUUAUAAGAUCUCAUAGGUAUCACACUGACUCGCUUCUGGCACAAAUGAAACGCUCGACUUGUCAAUGUGUGAGGUAUUGCCAUCUGUGUGAUGUUAAAUUGAGGGUAGAGUUAUAUUUACUAAUUUUUGUAGUCAAAAGACAUAUGCAUUUGAUACAGUGCAUUAUAAUAGGUACCCUUGCAUUGCGUAUUCGUUUCCUGUUAAAUCCACAAGACUUGGGUUAGUCAACUGCGUCAAUUCAUGAUUCUUGUUUAGUUAUGGUAUUUUGAAUAAUCCCGAAACUGUAAUAAUUUGGCAAAAUAGAAGAAUUUGAACAAUUUGCUAUGUUUUUAAAGUGGUAACCCUAACUUCUAGAAUGAAUACACGAAUAAAAUUUGAAAAACAAAAUUUUAUGAACGACGCGGGACUCGAACCCACGACCUCUGGUGUUCCGUGCCAGUGCUCUAAGCAACUGAGCGGUUUGCUCAGUUGGUUAGAGCACAUCAACAGAAUUUUCAAAUUUUAUUAGUGAAAAAGAAUUUGAAUAAUUGUUAAUUACUUGCCAUUUUUCACUUUUUGUCUUCCUAUCUCGAAAGGGCAACAUUUCGAAUCUAACAUAAAUUAUGAUACAUCAUUAUAUUUCCUACAUUAUAUUUAAAUAUAAUUAUAUUAUCAAUAUAAUUCGCAUUUUUUGCUUUGUCUUAUUUGUAGGAUAGGAUUUUAUACUAAGCAAACGCCAGUGAUGACCUUAUUUCAUACAUGUUUGAUAUUGUACCUAUACAGUAUGCCUUUUACAAGUUUAGAACAGCUGUUAAACCUUUUUAUUGAAGUAGGCGUUACUUUGCGGAAAUCCAUAAUUAUACAAAUGAUUAAAAUUUUCUUUAGUGUUAAUUCCGCCAAUAUUCCGCCAAAAUCUUGAGUCUCGUGCCAGAUUUUGACGAGACAACACGUCCUGAGGAUGCCUCGUGUAGAAUUGUUUAAAAACAAAUAUUGGCGGAAUUAACACUAAAGAAAACUUAAAUAAUUUGUACUGUUAAACCUAUUUAUUGUUAUUAGGUAAGUACUAAAAAGAAAAUUUCUAUAUCGUAUAAAACAAACUUAUUAUUUAUAUUAAUAUGUGUAUUCACUUUUGUAAGUUAGCUAUUGAAGUAUAAUAGUGUGUUUUAUAGUAUACAUAUAGUACCUACCUAUAACCUUAAAGUGUCAAAUGUUAAGUGUUAAAUAUUAGUUAAUUUAGUUUUCUCACUAACUUUCUUUUCCACCCUUGUGAAAUGUGAAACGCAACAAUAUAUCAGCCACUAUCCAUUAAGGCAAUAUGUCUAGAAUACAACAUGUUCACCCUAAUUAUUCAUUGUAUCUGCUUGUAGCUUUGAGAUUAUUGUUAUGAUAAAAUAAAUAGGUACCUAUAUUAAUUGA